GGUUCUCUCGUUUUGUACACAAAAUUGAAGAUAAAUUUUAUGAGAUUCUUAUUGGUGUGGUUCCAAAUUCAACCAGUGGCGCACAAGUUGGAUUCUUCGGAAUUUUAAGGCUAUAUUAUGAUUUACUUAAACGUUGGUUAUAUCAAUUACAACAUAAAAAACCUAAUGAAAUAGUUGGGAAUUUUAGUGACGUCGUCGAAGAUCCAAGUAUAUGGACCAUUAUUGAAGAAACAGAAGCAAAUGGAUUGUUGUUUCUUUGUAGCCGGUCUUGCAUGAUCAGAAAGUAUGCAAUCAGCAUUCUUCAUCUUGCCGCUGAGCUCGAUUUGCAGUUUCAUGAACGCAAAGAAAAAAACAACACGACACGGUCGCGUGCUGUUAGUGUCGAAAGCAAACAAUCUGGUGCUGCAGAUGAUGAUGCUAGUAAUAUAAGAAAUGAUGAAUCUUUACUCAAUAAUAAUUCCGGGAUCAAAUUGUUAUAUUCUUCAAACAGAAAUGAUCAUAAAUCGGAUUAUACGUGCAUUAUUCAUGUGCUUGAACGUGGGGGUAAAGAAUUAAUUAAGUUCGACACAGAACUGCAAAAUUCUCUGUCGAUUGUUGAAAGUGUAAGAUUGUCAAACCUUCAAAAAUCAGGGAAGGACGUUCUUCUACGCCUCGUUGAAAGUGAAAAUCCAACUGAUGCGGCUAUAUGGGCUCGAUGCUUUCCAAAUUUUAUUAAAAUUUGCACAGAAUAUUGCCCUGUGACAGUAGCGAUAUGUAGAAACAAUAUUUGUGCUCGUAUUGUACAAAUGCAAAUGGCUAUUGUCACAGCCGGUGAAAGUCUUUCGCGUACACCCACAGCAACUUUAACGGUACCGAGAUUCCAUUAUCAAAAGGUAAUUUUGUCCGCAACGGAUGGACUCAUUGAGCAAUGGAGAUCUUAUUUAAUUGUCGCUUGUUCCACUAUUACUUCGAUUGACGAGUUAGCAGACCAAAAGUCGUCAUCUCAUGCUCGUAAACGAACGGCUCUAACUGAACGUAUUGGUUCCGCUAGAGACCUAUUCCGUAUGAUUUUACCUCUUCUCACAUCAGAACAUUGCACAAUAAGAGAAUCUGUUGUCACCGCCUUGGGAAAUAUUAACGAAAAUGUUUAUAAAGUUUUGCUUGAAGAUAUGCAACCUUACUUCAAAUCAGUGAUAGAAGAUUACAGGACUAAAAUUAACAAACAGCAAUACUCUAAUAUACAUAAACGUUCGAGAAA